GGACCAGGUUUGUGCUUUGUUCUGGUCUGCGCUAGCGGACACUCGAACAUCGUUUUUCGGAAUUCGCGGGAGCCGCCGCUGGUCUGGGCAUGACUCAUACACCACCUUGGAGACCACCACCAGCGGACGAGACGGCUUGCCUCAGUUACUGUUGUGCAGCUACUGCGGCGUUUGCCAUCGUGUGGCUCCUAGCUUUGUCUUGUCUAUUGGUCUAACUUCGUGCACGUAUUCUUGUUCGCCCAAAGAACUUGUACCGCUUAUACUGGAAGAAUAUGGCAAGAAAACUGGUCGAGGUUUCUGACGAUUCCGCUUCAUCGUCGAGCAGUGCCAACAGUGGCGAUGCCAACGGAGGCAGAUCAACUCCCACUGGCACACAACGACCAUUUCUGCUGCCUCUGCAGACACAGAUGAGCAUUCCCCUCCCGCUUCUACGCAACACACCCACGCACGAGGAGACACGGGAGGAAGGCAGAGUGCUUCUCAGCUCUUUUGUGGACUACCAGGUGGCACAGCAAGGAGCCAUGGACACCGGAGCUGGCGGCGAGUCCAUCGGGGACAUGGUGUACAGUCACACCAUCGACGAAGAAGACAUCGGCACUCCGCACAGCCGCACCGAGGCCGAGGCCCUCCACCCCGUCUACCGCAACAUGGGUCGUGAGCUGCGUGCUCUUGCCGACCGUUUUUCACAGAGCAGGGAACGCAUACGUGUUCGACAGGAAGCUGACUCGCUGGACAUCUCGAGCCUGACACGAGAUAACCUCAUGACACUGAUGCUCGAGCUCUUUGAAGACGGGUUCAGCCGUGAGAGACUCGUCACGUUUUUCUUCUUCUGCAGCGACCUCAUCCUCAAGUCUGUCCGGUGCUCUGUGGGAGGGCUGCGAUGGCAAGUGGUUGCCUGGGUGUGGGCUUUCCUGCGUGACCGCGUCUGCUGCUGGGUGCUCCAGCAUGGUGGAUGGGAAGCCGUGCUCACAAACUACCUGCCCAAGUUGGCCAUCACAGCCGCAGGCUUUGCUGUGUGCGUGGGUGUUGUAUUUUACAUUUGGAAGAACUGGUGAGCAGAGGAGCUGGCUCUUGAAAGCCUUUGGACAUGUUAUUGCUCAUUCUGCUGAUGACACAUAACUUUUCUUUUUGUUUCUUGCAGUUCUCGAAUUGCUCAUCUUUUGUCAAAACUGGCAGGAGAUUUUUGUCGUACAUUCAAACUGUCGGGAAUGUGCCAUCGUUGAUUGUUGCCAUGGCUGUCAUCGCAUGCUGCCCCGUGGGCAUAAACAUUGACAAAGCAUUGGUGGACAGGCAGUCUUCCUUGUGCAUGUCAUCAUUUGUUCUUUUGCACUGCCAUGUUGACAUUCCUUGCAUUAAGGAAUGUUGUUAUGCAGUCAUUAUUUAUGUAGGCACUUUGCCUGUUAGCAUCGAUACGCUGGCUGGUUUUGUCUCCCAUUGAACUAUGCUUCUGUGCCUUGGGCUGUGAUAAUGAUAUAGGUCCGGAGGCAAGAUGGUUGCCUUUUUAUAAGCCACUUCAAAAGUCACCCAUGCUACUCUGGCUGAUUUAAUCAAAGCAUCUACUGAAAAUUGGUGCUGGAAAGAGAACCUUAGAACCCUGUCUGUUUCUGACUGAGGUGACCUACAUUUCGACUUGAAGUGUGACAAAAUUAGUGGUAAUUUAAUCAUGUGUUUCACAUCGUUUAAGUAGACAUUGUUAAACUCUGAACAACAAGUGUGACAAACAAACACUUCUGUUCAUCAGAAGCAGUUUAGUCUUUCGUUCUUGCUUGCGUGCAUCUCAGAAUCUGAUUUCUUUAUCAAAAGUUUCAAGUAGUUGGAACUACCCUCAAAGUGUGACAUGGGUGAUGUACUGAUGUGUGCCAUUCCGGAAAUUCCUUUUGUCCAAGGUUGGCAAGCGUGGUUCCUGGCCUUGUAUGGCCCUUGUGUUGCUCACUGGACAAACCAGUACUUCCAGUGUUUGGUCCUUGUGUAUUUGUCAGGUGUAAUAUAUAAGAUGCAUCUUGUACAGCAUCAUUAUUAUUAUUUUUUUGUUCAGAUCUCAUGUUUUGCCAUAUUUGUAGCUAUUUCUGUGUGUGCGCGUUUUCUUGACACUGUCAGACUUGCAAAGCAGUAGACAGUGCUAUCAAUAACUGACUGAGGGUUCUCUCCUUUUGUAAAAUGCUUUGAACAGUGUUCGAGUUGUCUAGCUCUUUUGCUAACUCGCAUCCCUCUUAAUUGCGUGUUCUUACUAAUUGCUUUGAUUCGUUGUGAAGGUAGAUUUGUCAGUUUUUUACAUACCUUCAUCCUUGGCUCUUCUACAAGCAUGUGUUGUACCAGAGUAUCUUCUUUAUUUUUCAUUGCCUACCUUGUAGGCAUUAAUUUAAGUAUUAUUGCUCACAUGCAUUUCUGCAUGUAGCAUUCUUGGGGAAGACUAAUUUGGCAGGGUUUCCGCAGUGCAAAUUGCCAGCAAUAAUGCAGGACACAGUUGUGCAGCUAUUGGUGUUAUGUGGCCAUCUUUGGCGACAUACUUUUCUUGUUUGAAUUAUCCCUUGAUUAUCUUUUAGGACUUAGUGUCUGCAGAAAUCUAGCAUCCACCAGGCACGUCAGUUCAGCAUGCAUCUAAAGUAUCCCACUUGCCUUGCCAAUAAUAUGCCAUUUUUCUAGUUGCGCACAAUACAGUCUAAGCCAGGUUUAGGCCAAACCAAUUUGCUCCAACAAAGCAGGUUUCUCAGCAUGGGAACGAAUUUUGCAAUACGCAUGCCUUGUCUAAGAUGGGCUUGCAGACUAAUCAGUGCCCCAGACUUCUAAAGCUAUUCCGAUGUGCCCUUAUAUGCAAAAAGACAAGGAAACAAGAAUUCCAGCUUGAUUGUAGGGCUUAAGCUUUCACCCGAGUUAUCUGUUUGUGACCUGGCCUUAACUAAAUACAAGCAACCACUGCAUCAAAGUGCUUUUACUGCCUGUAAGGGGCCAGAAGUCUUUUGCUGCAACAAAAUUGGCGCAAUGAAGCCGCUUGAGAGACAAUCAGAUUGCUGGCUGCAAUUGAAUUAGUCAAGCUCUAGUAGAGGUGAUUGAGUGAAGUGAUCUACAGUUAUGCAUUGAUCUCUGGGCAGUGUUUUGUUGAUUUCUUUGUGGUUUGACAUCUGUUUGUAAUGAGCUGCUAUAACAUCUGUGUGAAUUGCAACAGUCACUUUUCUAUGCCUGCAAUGGGCUCAGUUCAUUGCCUAUCAAUUCUUGCAUUUUUAAUUCAUUUGCAUUAUCAAUUCUUUUUUUUUCAUUCUAAAGAAUGACGUUUUUCAUUUGGCAGUGUUGCGAAGUUGAAAGAACAGUACUGUGCCUUCAUCCAUUUUUGAGCAUUGCGUUAAAUCUGUUGUUUUAAAUGUAUGCUGCCCAGAGUUAUGAGAUUGGCUGUUUUCAACACUCCUUAUCAGCUCCGUAUUAUGCAUUAUUAAGAGGUCACACAGCUGCUCAUUUUGUGAGAACGCUCGGGCUCUUGGAGAUUGUUUCAUGAUGUAGGCCUUUCGUGACUUGCAACAGAAACUUGCUAAAACAUUAAGUGUCUCACCCUGUCUUCAUGUAAUGUAUUUUUAUUUGUUUGCUUGAACACUCUUGUGGCUCAAUUUACUUUCGUUUAGCUGUGAUAAGCAAAAGCGCUAUCACUUCUAAACUUAUAGACUUGUAAACAUUUUUGUUUACUCUUUUGGUUUUUUGUAAGUUUGGCCCAAGCGCGGUGCUUCUAAUGUACUUAUCUCGUGCAAUAACUUUUGUACUUAGCAAGCCCUUCUAUAUACACCUAUGAUUUCCCGGAACAAGUGUCUCUGUGGAAGCCUCGUUUCUGUUCUCUUCGAUCUUUCGUUUUUUGCAUGCAUCCUUGAAAUGUUUUAUUUUUGGCAGCCUAAAGUAAAGGUCUUAAUUGCGAAUGUUUUUUUUUUUUUCAUAUUUAUGAACAUCUUCGAUUCUCACAGCGGGUGAGAAUGUGUUUUUAGCAGCACUGGAAAUUCCUACUGCAUUUGCUGAGUUGGUGUUGCGAGUGUUCCGAAGCCUUGCUAAAUGAACAAGCAACAUGUGUGCUGGUUACGAUAAUAAUGUUAGUAACAUCACCAAGUUCAUGUACCAUCCCAUUUCUACUGACUGGAAAGGCUAGGUGCCUCUUGGAUAUGCGUACUGGUCAUUUUCGCACUUCCAUUAUCGGCAGGUAGAAUUACGAGACACUCAUUUGAAGGGAUACUAAAGGCAAACAUUAUGUAAAUCUAAGGUGGUCGAGUAGAGCCCUAAAAUAUGGAAAGCGUCCCUUAACCAAGUAGAAAACAUUAAUGUAAAACAGGGUUUCAUGCCACUACUGUCAAAACAUUGUACCAGCUCUGAGUAGUUAUGGGCACUAUUUGCAAACAGUGUAGUAACAAAAUAUUUCUUUCAUUUAAACUAGAAAGAAAAUGCAGCUUGGUUAAUUUUAUUUUUCUUAAAAAACUUCUCGAUGCUAUUCAUUGACAGCAUUUUGUCAGUGCUCCCUGUUGAAGUACAGCACCCUAUCUUUGUGGUCUACUUGCAGCCAGUGACGGCAAUCAGCAGAGCAUAAGCUUUCAGGUUGGAGACGCUUUCUCUGCGCUCCCGAUCUUGUUUCCCGAGCAGCAUUCUGGCAAUGCCUCUACCUUUCCUUGCAUUAAUCACAUUAACGCAGCAAGUCUUUAGCUAGCUUGCAGCGUUUUCAUGCGAUGAGCUUGUGAUAGAUCUAGUUUUCUUCUCAGAAAUAGGCUUUUCAGUGUUUGUGCUUGCUGCAUAGACAUCUGAAGUAUGCAUUUCCACUUGGAACCACAAACACUGAAAAGGCUGUCUUUGAGUAGCAAAGAACUUUCGUUGCGUGAGAACAGUGCAAGAUAGCUAAAGAUUUGGUGUGCUACUGUGACUCGCCCGAGAAAUGCCUUUGUUAAGCCUUUGUUAUGCCACCUUCCUUCUGGCACUUUUUGUUUUAGUGCCUUCUUGCCAUAAAAAAAUAUUUUGUGGCAAUGUAACUUAAUUUAGUGUAGUGAUGUUGCGCUUUCUACUCUUUACCAGCCUGUGGGUCUUAAGUGGUUUUAAGCUCCUAUUACAUUUGUAAAUUUUGUCAUGACCUGAUGACCUUGACCAUGUGUUCUAGCUGCACUUUCAGCUAGAGUUUGAAAAUUUGUUACUAACAGUAGUAGUAGUAGUAGUACAGUUGCCGACUGAUUAUUUGGACUUCUCUGGUGAACUGUCAUCUUCUUCACAAAACCUAUGCAUAUAAGGUGGCUAAAUUUCAGAUGCCAUAUGGUGCGUUGCUUAAUUUUUUGGACAUGAGCUGUGUUUGCGAUGACACCAGGAUGGUGUCCAUGAAUGAAGUUGGUGUCAUUUAAGCUACCGCUCAUACCCUUGCUUUCAUGAGUGAUGCAGUUUUUCAACUAUGUGUGUGUUGUGCAGCCACUGCGAAUACAUCUUGUCACAUUGACUCGUGCACCUAACUGUCGGAAGAGUUUUAGAGUAGGGGAUGCAAGUGAAUUGUAUAUCCAUGAACCCAAAGUCUCCUUAGGUUAGCCGAGACCCAAGUGGCUGGCUUGUACAAGCAGAAUGCAAGACCUUUGCCUCCCAUAAACUAAAGGUCUCUAAUAUCUUCAUUCGCCAACACAGGACAAAACAGCACUGGUUAGGCCUAACAGCCUAGGCAUUGUCAAGCAGCACGACCAUGACAGCAUGUCGCCGCUGGUUGAUCGCGUGGUGGUGGCAAGUCGUGAUGGGAAGCUUGCCUUUGUGUUUACCCAAAUGCUUCAUCAGUGAUCAGGCUUGAGAUCAUGUGCAUGGUUUUGUACCGAAGGCAAUACUAAAUGUGGCAUUCGGCUUCAUAUGGGACCGGCCUGUAGCUGCUGUGUGCGUGCCUGCCAAGUUUGUGUGCUUACUGGAAAGAAAGGGGUUAACUCGGGUAUAGGCAGAAAAAUUGGAAGUGAAUUUCAGCAAAACAACCUAAACUGCGGUUACGCAGGUAGAGCUGCAUGAUGGGCGAACGUGAAACACUUCCACAACUUUCACCGUCGCAAAAUUUCAAGCAGACAUUAUUUUACUGAAGCAGAAAGACGAGCAAAUAUGAAUGCAUUUUCCGAUUGGCUGGUGCUUCAAGAACAAAAUUUUUUUCUUGAAAUUAUCUUUUUCUAACCAUCACGCGGGCCCAUCCACGCCCUAAAGAACUGGCGACAACUGUACAACACUAGUAGUAUUUCAAAAUUUAUUGCAUUUACAAAUCUAUUACAUUUUAUUUCUUUUAAUAUACAUAAUGUAAACCAUUCAGACUGGCCAAGUAUUCCUUUUCAAUUCUGACAGAUGUGUUCCCUAUGCAUUAACUUUCCAUAUGUAAGCCAGCUUUGUCAGGGAUUACAUUUGGACAGCAAAAAUUAAGGUAGUUGCUUUGCGAGGAACUUGCAGAAUGCUCUAUGUAUACGUUUAUCAUUUCUGUUUAAUUGGUGGGACACUACUUUCGUGGGACAUUCACUGGAAGUUGCUGCAGCAACUUUUUUUUUGCUGCGACAGAUGAAUUCGUGGCAACAUACUGGGGAUAUACUGUGUAACUUCCAUGUUGUGUAUGCGAUUACACUUUUUUAAGAGCUUGUACAUGUACACUGUUGCAAGUAUUGUAUGCCUGUUGUCUGGUGCACGAGCUGGGUUUUCAAGACGCGGUGGCCACUACUGGAUGCUGCUACACUGCCAAUUUUCGUGUGUGGUGCAUAGUUUUGAUAACCUGUGCGAGGCCUUCUUUGGAUGAUGCCAAAUGUUAUUUUUUAUAUCCUCUUUAGUGUCUUCACAAAUAAACAGAAACUUUUUGGCA